CUCCGCCUCUCUUUGACCUCCUCUGCUCUGCUCCGCCGCCUCCGCGCGCAGAGCCAGCGAGCGGCCAGCGGCCAUGACCAAGGUGCACCCAGGCGUCGCGGCGGUGGCCGCCGCCGCGGCUGCGGUGGAGGAGGGGAAGGGGGAGGCGGUGUCGCUGACGGUGUGGCGGCGGUCGCUGCUGUUCAACGGGAAGGGGUUCACGGUGUUCGACGGCGCCGGGAACCUCGUGUUCCGCGUCGAGAGCUACGCCGGGGGCUCGUCCAGGGAGGUGGUGCUCAUGGACGCCGACGGGCGCGCCCUCCUCACCAUCCGCCGCAAGAAGCUGAGCUUGGCCGACGAGUGGCUCAUCUACGACGGCGACGCGGCGUCGCCGGCGGCGCCGGCGCCGAAGAGGUUCACGGCGCGGCGCCACGUCAGCCUGCGCCCGAGCAAGUCCCUCGCCCACCUCUCGCCGGCGCGGGCGUCGUCCGCCGGGGCCGCCGCGGCGCCGAGCGCCUGCCGGUACGACGUGGAGGGCUCGUACGCCGGCCGCUGCCUCGACGUGUUCGCCUCCCCCUCCGCCGGCGAGCAGCAGCGGCGGCGGCGGCGCGUGGCGGCGGUGUGCAGGAAGGAGGCCGCCGUCGGGCCGGACGUGUUCCGGCUGGUGGUGGAGCCGGGCUUCGAGCCGGCGCUCGCCAUGGCCGUCGUCAUCCUCCUCGACCAGAUGCACGCGUCGUGAAGCCUUCCUCGCUCGAUCUGCCGGCUGCACGAAUCUUACAGCUCCCCUGCACCACAGCUCCCUGCGUGUGUGCCACAAGGAACAAAAGGCUCCUUGAUUCCAUCACAGCUCAAGACACCUUCUAUUUUUAUGCUUCAAGAUUAGCAAGUCAUCAAUUCACUCAUCAGCUGAGAUAAUUAAACCACCAGCUGGUUGAAGCAUUUUUUCUAUGUAGGGGUGUGAUGUUUUUACGGUUUCGGGUUCAGGAUUUAGGGUUAUGAAACAGACGUAGAUGGUUAUCCAGAGGUGUUUUAUAAGUGCUGGGUUUUCUAAUUUUAAAUUAACGAAAACAGAACCGUGCCCUUAAAAAAGAAGAGGUUGAUAGGAUAGAUGAUGAUCAAACGUCUUCUACGGGGGGGUAUAUGAACUUGUAAAUCCCAGCCCUUUUUUUUGUUUCCUUCACAAGGGAAAUUUCUGGUGCUUGCCAGAGACUAUCAUGAUGCAUGCCUAUAAAUAAAGCUUUGAGCUUGGUUUCUCCUA